AUGACCCUUAGCCCUAAACCCAAGAUUUUCCAAAAAAAGAGCAAAAAGAUAUUUACCAAGACUUCAAAUUCCAUUGUGACAAAUACAUUACAAAUUGGUUGGCUUCGAUGUAUUGGCAUCCGUCUUUCGUUUUACUUGGUUGUCAUACUUCACAUUUGCGGAUAUUGUCGCUUACGUUAUCGUCAAUGGUUAUACUUUAAAACAAAAGAUACAAAGAAAAGUAUCAACAACGAUUUCAAAUACUUUUGCGAUAAAUUUGUCUCGUUUCCGCUUACAAUAACGGGUUUCGAUGUUUUCAAUCCAAAUUAUCGUCUUCAUUGGGUCUCAUAUUUGACUCUUACUGACAUCGUUUCAUAUUUAAUUGUAAACGGCUACAGCAUCUAUUUGUUUUCGGAAGAUCUGAAAAGCACUUGUUUCUGCAUGGUUACCUAUGGAUAUGCAAUUGUGGGAAGUCUUCGUAUUUUCUUAGCCAUAGUAAAUGCAGAGACAGCGAGAGAUCUACGAGACAUCGUGGUAUCAUUCGAAUUCGAUGAAAAAAGUGAAAUUAAGGAAAGGCAACGGUAUUUAUGGUAUGGUCGAGUCUCGAGAUUCCUUGGAACAUUGAGCAUGCUAGCUCUAUGCAUCACUUUUACAACGCUAACACUUGCUCCUUUCUUAAUUUGGCUUGUUACUGGUCGUAUGCAACUCACUUUUGGUUUUGUUUUACCUUUUAUUGAUUAUAAAAGUGGAAAAGGAUUUGUUCUGAACUACAUUUACCAAAUAUAUCAAGGUUUGGCAGUGAUUGCAGGUUCUGCGGGAUAUUUGCACAUGCAAAUGAUUUUUAUCGCAAUUUGUUGUUUCCAACUUGAUUUACUAAGCAUCAAGUUGGAAAAGUUAGAUGACGAAUUGAAGUUAACACAAGACGUUAAGUCAUCAAAAACGAAGCAAAUUCUCGAAAUUUUAAAGUUGCAUCAAAACUACAAUGCUUAUUUGUCAGUGAUUGAAGAUUGUUUUUGUGUAGAGGCUUUUUUCAGCACAUUUUUCCUUUCACUGAAUAUGGUUGUUACGUUGUUUGUAUGCGUACAGGAGUUUUGGAUAGUCGGUAUCGUGAUAACUAUUACGGUAACAAAUUUAAUUCUUCUUACAAGUCUUUUUGGAGUUGCUGUCGAAAUUAAAGCUGAGAAACUUGAAAGAUCCAUCUAUGGGACUCAGUGGUAUAAUUUGACCAUUCAGGAUCAAAAAUUGUUGUUACAAUUUUUACUUGGAGCUCAAAACAGGGUAAACCUGACAUAUGCUGGAAUGUUUGCCAUAAAUUUGGAGUCUUUUACUCAAAUCUACAAAUCCAUUUACUCGUAUUUGAUGUUUUUAAUCGAUAUUCAAGCUUAA